AAAUCUGGCACAGCUGUUGGAAAAUACUGGAUCCCUAGAUUAACAGUGAUGCAUGCUCUAUCAAGGGAAUUUCAUCAAGGUCUGCACAUUGUUAAUUAGCGAGAAUUACUUUUUCCUUCCCCCCAAGUCCCAAAAAGGAUAUAAAUAUACAUCUUCAGCAUUGGUUUCAAGUUACAUCACAGUGAGGAAAACUAUAACAUAAAAAGGAAAAUAAAAUUCAUUACUCACUGUACAGGCAACAGCUACAUAUCUAACACAGGACUCGAUUGCCACAGGAUGGGGGAUAUGGUAAAUGCAUGGUUUGCUGAGAGAGUUCAUUCCAUCCCAGCCCACAAAGAAGGAACCAAACUGCCAGCAGAACCCAAGCCCAUCCACCAAACAGCCCGGCCAGAGAAUACCACACCAGGGACCCCCACCAGAAAAAUCUCAGCUUCAGAGUUUGACAGGCCACUGAGGCCUAUUGUUGUCAAGGACUCUGAGGGUGCCUUGACUUUCGUUUGUGAUUCAGAAAAGGUACAGAUGCCUUUGAAACCACAAAAACUUGAGGCAGGAGAAGGACAGGUGAGCAAUCAGUGCACGAGGCUCCUGGAACUGGUGAAGGACAUUUCCACCCACUUGGAUGUUACAGCACUCUGCCACAAAAUCUUCCUUCACAUAAAUGAACUCAUAGAUGCUGACCGCUACUCGCUCUUCUUGGUCUGUGAAGACAGCUCCAAUGAGAAAUUCCUCAUCAGCAGGCUGUUUGAUGUGGCAGAGGGCUCAACGCUAGAAGAAGCGUCAAACAACUGCAUACGGCUGGAGUGGAACAAGGGCAUUGUGGGCCAUGUGGCAGCUACUGGACGGCCAUUAAAUAUAAGAAAUGCCUAUGAGGAUCCUAGAUUCAAUGCCGGAGUCGACCAAAUUACAGGUUACAAGACCCAAAGUAUUCUGUGCAUGCCGAUAAAGAACCACAAGGAAGAGGUCGUGGGUGUUGCUCAGGCAAUAAACAAGAAAUGUGGAAAUAAUGGCACAUUUACAGAACAAGAUGAAAAGGACUUUUCAGCCUAUCUGGCGUUUUGUGGAAUUGUUCUUCACAAUGCCCAGCUGUAUGAGACUUCACGGCUUGAAAACAGACGCAAUCAGGUGUUGCUUGACUUAGCCAGCCUCAUUUUUGAAGAGCAGCAGUGCCUUGAAGUGAUACUGAAAAAGAUUGCAGCUACAAUACUGUCCUUCAUGCAAGCUCAGAGGUGUACCAUUUUCAUAGCAGACGGAGACAUUUCAAACUCAUUUUCCAGUGUCUUUCACAUGGAAUACGAGGAGCUUGGUGAAUCUGCAAAAGUUCCAAAAAGGGACUGUGAUGUAAGCAAAAUGAACUACAUGUACGCACAAUAUGUGAAAAAUUCCAUGGGUCCCCUUAAUAUUGGAGACAUCACUAAAGACGAGAGGUUUCCCGGGACGAACGAAAAUGAAGAAAAUUCGAACAAGCAAGUAAAAAGUUUGCUCUGCACCCCAAUAAAAAAUGGGAAGAAGGAUAAAGUUAUAGGUGUUUGUCAGCUUGUGAACAAAAUGGAUGAAGUCACUGGGAAAAUCAAAGCAUUUAAUAGAAAUGAUGAACAGUUCUUAGAGGCCUUUGUUAUAUUCUGUGGGCUGGGGAUCCAGAACACCCAGAUGUAUGAAACGGUGGAGAGAGCGAUGGCCAAACAAGUUGUGACACUUGAGGUUCUCUCAUAUCAUGCCUCAGCUUCCGAGGAGGAAACCAGGGAGCUGCAGGUAACAACGGCUGCCAAGGUGCCCUCAGCACAGUCCCUCAAGCUGCUUGACUUCAGCUUCAGCGACUUUGAGCUGUCAGAUAUGGAAACAACCCUGGCCACAAUCCGGAUGUUUAUGGACCUCAACCUUAUGCAAAACUUCCAGAUGAAGUAUGAGGGUCUUUGUCAGUGGGUUCUCAGUGUGAAAAAGAAUUACCGGAAGAAUAUUGCUUAUCACAAUUGGAGACAUGCAUUCAACACGUCACAGUGUAUGUUUGCUGUUCUUAAAUCUGGAAGGAUUCAGAAUAAGCUAAAUGAUCUGGAGAUGUUAGCCUUGAUGAUAGCAACAUUAUGCCAUGACCUAGAUCACAGAGGAGUAAACAACUCCUACAUACAAAGGAGUGAUCACCCUCUUGCUCAGCUCUACUGUCACUCCACAAUGGAGCAUCACCACUUUGACCAGUGCCUGAUGAUACUCAACAGUCCUGGAAACCAGAUUUUGAGUGGCCUUUCCUUAGAAGAGUACAGAACCACACUGAAGAUGAUUGAGAGAGCUAUUCUUGCCACAGACCUAGCCCUCUACAUGAAGUGAGUAACAAGUGACAUGUGCAGGUGGUUUGAACAGUAGGUUGCUGGGAAUGUUCCUGAAAUAAGAAGGGAUGCAAUUUUAUCUAUUUGGCAGCUGGGCACAUUUGGAAAACAUUCUUUAAUUUUGUUGCAACUAAUGCACAUAAAACCUGAGCCCACGUCGUUCUCCAGUAUAGUAUAGUAACUAAUAGACAUGGCAAACAUUAGUUUCUGGAUUAGUUACAGUAUAAACAAGAUUUCCAUAUAUUUGUUUAGAUUUGUUAUUCAUUGCAUUUACCUUUCUGACUGCAGAAGCUAUUGUAUACCAUAGGCCAGCAGCUCUCAAAGUUUUUGGGUCACGCCCCCCUUCCUCUUGUCUGUGGUACU